AUGGUAUGUCGCAAUCUAUAUAUACACUACUUUCUGGCUCUAACAUCCCUAUCAGGCGUCCACUUAACGUUAUUUUUUCUGUGUUUUAACGGGAUACUUUCAUCAUCGCGCAAAGGAGCGCAAGAGUGGAUUAACCUCGGCUAUAUCUGUGUUUUGUUCACUUUGGGAACACUUGGGAACGCACUCAAUUCCAGGUGGAUUGAAAUGAUCUUUGUUGAUAAUAUAAAUUUCCCAGGAGGGCCCCUCGCCUUCAGCGAAGCCGAGGGCACCGACUGGGUCCUUGUGGUCUGCAACUCGGUCUAUAUCGUCAAUAUUUUUCUCGCGGACGGUCUAAUUUUAUUCCGGUUUUUCAUUAUAUGGAAGCGAUAUAUCCCGAUUAUCGUUGUCCCAGCGUUGUCGUAUUGUGCGACCGUUUGUCUUGGACUUUUACUCAUAAUGUCCCUUCCUCCGAAGUGUAUCAGUCUUCCUCUCGAGUUCAGGCUGCAGCUUCCCGUAAUAUUCUGGUCUCUUUCGGUUGCCUUCAAUGUACUUACAACUUUGGCAAUUUCCGGACGACUGCUGUACAUGCGAUGGAAACUAAAGUCAACUGGAGCCACUACCCUCAUUAACCCCUAUGUAUCCAUUAGUGCCAUGCUAAUCGAGAGUGCAGCAGUUUAUACCAUCAACGGUCUGGUCCUUGUUAUAAGCAUUGGUCUACAAAGUUAUAUCCAGAUAUUGGCGACGCCGGUCUUGGGGCAAACACAGUCAAUUGCGCCGCUUAUGAUCAUAUAUCGUGUACUGCAAGGCAAAGCCUGGUCUAUGGACACUCAUACUUCUCUUGAUAAAACAAUGUCCGAAUUCGUUGCCGAACCUUUCGAAGCAGAUGAACGAGGUGUUCAAGGAUCCGGGAACGAAGAUUCUCUCUCUGACCUUGUGACCCUAGCUUACCCGGAUUUAUAG